AUGGGCAAGCCAAGAUUGAUCAUCAUCAUAAGACAUGCUCAAUCCGAGGGCAAUCGAGACAAGGCUAUUCACCAGACGACACCAGACCACAAAGUCGGACUAACGGAGGAAGGGCAUCGACAGGCUCUAGAAGCGGGAGAGAAGCUGCGCUCUCUUCUUCGGACUGAUGAUACGCUACACUUCUUUAUUUCCCCGUACAGGAGGACCCGAGAAACAACAGAAGGCAUUCUGAAAGGCUUGUGCUCCAACGAUCCUAUCCCUUCACCCUUUCAGCGAGCCCACAUCAAGGUGUAUGAGGAGCCCAGGCUGAGGGAGCAAGACUUUGGCAACUUUCAGCCGGACACCGAAGAAGUUGAGAGACUCUGGCGAGAACGUGCUCAGUAUGGUCACUUUUUCUACCGCAUUCCCAACGGAGAAAGUGGGGCCGACGUCUACGACCGAGUAUCAUCUUUCAACGGUUCGCUCUGGAGACGAUUUUCCGAAGACACGAUGGCCAGUGUUGCUAUUCUCGUCACACACGGUCUCUGCAGUCGUGUCUUUCUGAUGGCCUGGUAUCACUAUAGCGUCGAGUUCUUCGAGGAUCUGCGAAACAUCAAUCAUUGCGAGUUUUUGGUGAUGAAGCUGGGUGCGAAUGGGAGGUAUGUGCUUCAGAACAGUUUGCGGCGGUGGUCAGAUCUUCGAAGGGAGAAAGCGGCAAGGAAAAGCAGUAUCUCGUCUACAUCAACACCCGUAACUAUUGAACCCAUACCCGUGAGACGCUGGACGAUCUCCAAAAAUGCCCAUGAUCCUACCGGAGCCAGCUAUAUCCCUGUGCCGACGCGAAAAAGCACGGUAGAUAUGUUCAGAGACGAGUCCGAAAUGGUACACGAGGGAAGUGAAACAAGACGCAAUCCAAAGGCAGUUCCAACCGAGAGACGAGGCAGUCCGAGCAGAGACCAAAGUCGCACGAGGGUGCGGUCGUCGAGCAACCUUCGAACAUCCCUUAGUAAUCUGGCUUUGGACACAGGGAGGAAAAGUUCGAACUUGAGUGGCAUAAAGUCGUACCUUGGCAGAGAUGGCGGUGGGACGAGAUCGGGUCAAGGCUCACCAUUUGGAUCUGAUGAUGAGUUUGAAAACGAGAGUCCUAAAAGAAGCUCGCUACCUUCGGGAUCGUUGCCAGAGUCUCCUGAGAGAGUCAAGAAGGUAUUCUCUUCGUCACUGGCACGAGCAUUAAGAGGGGAAUUGGACGAUCCAAAUAGGAAGCUGGCGGAUGCACUGGGCGAUCAGAGUGAUGCAGAAGUGGAAGAGGCGGAUCUGGAAAUUGGGACGCAAGAUCGAGUUUCUGGCGAGCUGCAGCAGAUUCUAGAUGAAGAGAGGCGGGAGCGGAGUCAUAGAAGUAUCUAUUAG